AUGGCGACCAAGCUCUACCGCGUCCGUGUCGUCCGUGUCCACCGUGGUAAGUGCAUCGUCGUCUCUUGCACAUGUCUUCUCUUCCGCGUCUACAACAUCUAUUACGACGGCGGUCGCACCGUGCCAUCGGACGCCUCGUUCUUCGUCUUCCUCCUCGACGACGACCGGUUCCUCUUUCGAUCGUACGCCAACGUCGGUCCAAACAGUGUUUUCCCGAGCGCCAACGAGCCCUUUGCAAUUGCAACGAAUGGCCACAGGCUGAAUCCUGCGUGGAUGAAAGCGAAAGCGCACGCGUUUGUGAAGCGCGUCGAGCGGACAGCGUACUCGCCGUCGACGCUCGAGACGAACCCGGCGUUCGUCUACAGCGGCUAUCAACAGGAGCGGCAGCUCGAGCAAGGCGUGUACGAAGUGGAGUAUACAGAUCCCAAGUGGAUCGAGCACUGUAAGGUCGGUCACGUGUGGCAGACGUGCUGCUUUGACAUGCUGCACUCGAUGCCAAUUGUCAUCUCGCGCAUUGAACCUACGACCAAGCUGAAAACAUCCCGCGGUAUCGCGCCUUCGUCAUCCAAGGCGACAAAGAAGCCAAUCAAAAAGACAAAAGCUAUCAAGGCGGGUGCGCCGACAAAAAUAUCGUUCGUGGGCGCAAGGCAAAGCUUUAGGUAA